GGAGCCUCUGCUGUGCAUCAUAAUGCCAUCAGCACAGCGGUUUCACAAAGAGACGAAGUAAAAAACCCUGUGGCCUGCACCGCUACUUCUGCUGCCGCUACAUAUCAUGUACCCACUGUGUAGAAAGCAGCACUGGACUCAAGCUUAAUGGAAAUAAAAAAGAGAGGAGAGACGACUGUAAAGAGAAAAAUGUCCAGAUGACAACGACUAUGCUGACAUAGCUAAACGAUUUAUCAGCUCAUCAACACUUCCUUCCUCCUACUAUCACCACCCCCAUCGUCCGUCCGGCCAUGUUGGUUAGGAGGAAGCUUUACGUUGUCGUGGCAAUUGCUGUUGUUCUCCUCCUGAUGCUCGCAAGCCACAGCAUCUUGCCACUGUCAAUAGCCCAACUCAACAGCAGAGCCACAGCCUCCAGCAGGGACACUGUGGUUAAACCAACAGUGGCCCCUGCUGUCCUGUCUCAUCCCCCUCUUCCUCCCAGUACCAUCUUCCCUGAGGCUGAUGUAGAAGAGGAGGCGGAGAAGAAGGAAGACAAUAAAAAGAAAGUCAAGAAGCACCCUGAAGAUAACUUAAAGUACCUAAAGCCAUGCAGUUGCUCAGAUGGUUGUAUUUCAGACCCCAAGGGGUCUAUCUGGUUCAGCGGACGCUACAACCCCGAACAGCAACCUAUCCUACAUGCCAAGAACAACAACUUUGACCCUGAUUCACUUGCAUGGUGGCUGGGUCUUCAGCGGUCUGGUAAUGAUCAGAGUUUAGAGGAAGUGAUGGAAAAAAUGUUCCAGGUAAUUUCCCCACCCACUGUGGACACCGGGCCAGUACACACACGUUGCCGUAAAUGUGCAGUUGUUGGCAACUCGGGCAACCUGCGGGGGUCCGGGCUCGGCAAAUUAAUCGACUCGCACAGCUUCAUAAUUCGAAUGAACAAGGCAGUGACUCGAGGUUUUGAGAAGGAUGUUGGGAACAGGACGACACAUCACUUCCUGUACCCAGAGAGUGCUGUGGAUGUGGAACAUGGAGUCAACCUCGUCCUGUUGCCAUUCAAGCUGAGGGACCUGGAGUGGCUGACCAGUGCGUUGUCAACCGGCCAUAUCAGAAUGACUUACAUGAGGGUCAAAGACAGAGUGGGGGCUGAUAAAGACAAGGUUCUGGUGGUGAAUCCAGUCUUCUUUAAGUAUGUCCAUGAUCACUGGACAGAGCAUCACGGUCGCUAUCCGUCCACUGGCAUGCUGGCAAUCGUCUUUGCGCUGCACACAUGUGACCAGGUGUCAGUGUUUGGUUAUGGUGCUGAUAAGCAGGGGAACUGGCAUCACUACUGGGAGGAGAACCGCUACGCUGGAGCCUUCAGGAAGACUGGUGUUCACAGUGCUGAUUUCGAGACAGAGGUCAUCCACACACUCAACAAAGAGGGCAAGAUCAAGCUCUACCCUUGACACUUACAUGAAGACUGAAGGAUCUGGUACUGAAUAACCAAAUCUGAGCCAGAUGUGUGCUGCAUAUGUUUUUUUUCCAACAUAGGAAUAAUGGGACCGUAAUCAGAUAGCUGUUUUUUCUCUUUUCUGAUACCACUUUGCCUUCAGCAGCUUCCUUUUGGUUGCUGUUUUGCCUAUUUUCAGUCACCAAGCAUGAAAGUGAACUGACUUAACACAACAAACCUGCUGGGCAGCAAAGAUGUAUUUACAGACUUCUGCUGCUUCAAAGAUGUUCAUUUUGAACGAUCAGCCUUCUUUGAUCCCUUUACUAACUGUCCUGUCAUUGGUGAUUGAUGCCAUUGCCUACCAUGCAUUUUGCUCUGAAUGGGAAUCAACCACCAAUUUUUUGUAACAUAGACUUUUGUAUUGGAUUCUGUAGACACUACAAAGGGGUAACCUCUUUCUUUUUUUAAAUUAAAAGCACUUUUUUAAUGAGGAGGAAAUGUUGGGUAAUGGUAAGAUGAUCGCUUUGCUCGUUAACUACACACAAACAUGGAUAGAUGUAUUGGCACCUGUUGUUUGAAUGAGUAAAAAUCAUGAAAUAAAUUAAUCUUUGACUGCAGCAGUGUGAUCUCACUCUGAAAGUUUAGAAAAAUCCAACUUUUUCAUUUGAGACAUUAUGUAUUCACACUUUGGGGGUGAGAAUCCCAGUCAAGAAAUAAAUAAUUUUAACAAAAUCAACCCAGCUGUGACCAUUUUGCACAAACCCUUUUUGAUUAAAAAACAUGGUUUAGUCAAAUCCCAUAUUUGACAAAGCUGGAGCAGCCAGACAGAGAGGGAUUUUUGUGUUCAUCUGGCCAUGUGUUUUGAAUCAUUAUCUUGCUGAUAAACUCAGUGAAAAUCCACUUUUAAAUUAAUGACAGAUGGGAACAAAUUAAUGAAGAGGUGGAGUGUAUGAACAAUUAGCAUUGCUACCAAGGUUCCCAGACUGUGUUCCUGGAGUGCUUGGAGAAAAGGCCCCCAGUAGAAACACACACAUCCUUUACCAUACCUAAAAGUUUCAUUGAAGUGCUUUUCCACACCCCUGUCCUUUUUUUACACUGUCUAUUGCAGGGAAAAAAAAUCUCUUUUUCUCAUCUGUCCAAAGCAGACAGUUCCAAUUAAUUCAAGCAGUUUAGCGAACUUUACUUGUUUACAUUUGUGACAGUUAUGCCCACAUUAAUUAAUCCAUGUGGCUAUUUAAAUUAUUUUUUCUUAACCCUCCUGUGGUCUUGGCAUGUUUAGGAGGAGCAUGGUAAAUGUCAGGUCAGACUGCAAGGGGAAAAGUGUCCCAUUAGACUUUUAGUUCCCAUAACCAUAUGAAAUUAUGCACAAACAUGCCACAAUAAAACAUUAAUUUAUUUGAAAGAUUUUUACUCACCUUUACCACAGGUGCCAAUGAAUGAAUAUUUCUAGGAUUGUAUCAUUUAUAAUCCUUUCUUUUUAAGGUCCUUUAAAACCGUCCUCUAUAGAAGCAUGACUGGAAGAAAAAUGGAGUCUGCAUUUAGUUUUCUUUUUUUUUACUAUAAACUCAUCCUGGGAUAUUUUCUUUUUUAUACACAGAGAAUCAGAUGAGCCUAUAUUUAGCCAACAGUCUGAAUUUAACUAAUUUAAACACCUUGCAGGGUUUCUGUUUAUUUUUAACGGGAUAUUGUCUUCCAGUUGGUGGUCACAAUCAGCAAAAGCAAUGCCACAGUGUGACGGAUGCCUUUUAUUUAAUGGGACAUAAAACAGUAUCAUACUGCUGAUACUACUAGUAUCACAACUGAUAUGUUGCUAUGUAAUUAUAGCAACAUAUCAGUUGUGUUUUGUGGAAGAACCCUGUUUUUCUUUCUUUAGUUGAGCCAAAUGGAACUUCAUGAUUCUUCCCUGAUCAUGAUGACAAACAUGACGACCAACAUAAUUAUGAAGAUUUCCUAAAUAAAACCUAACUAGUAACAUGACAUGUGGACUCAAUGGAUGACAUAAAAAUUAAGAACAGUUUGGGGAACGACCAAAAGACUCGCUAAAGAGGCACCGACCAGUUCAGCAGGCGGCAAUGACAGCUGCUGCACCUGCACUGUGAAUGUACAAAAACAUUAUCUGAUGCUGAUUGCCUUGUAUAAUCAACUGAAUGUUUGCGUCUUGGUUUACACUAUAAUCACGGUUAGAGUCCCCUCAGUGCCGAUAUAUCUGCAUUCAACAGGUUUGUUGUUGUUGUUGCUGUUUUUUAGUCCUAUUGAAAAUGACUUAUGAUCGAAGGCCAACUAACAGUGAUGGAGGAUUAGAAAGUAGGUUGCAUGUGCACAUUAAAAUAAAUCUAAUUGUGUUUUGUAAAAACGGCAUUUAAAUUCAAAGCUGCAAUGGAAAACUGCCUGCAUUUUACACUUUCUGUGAUUAAGCAAUACAUUUUUGAUGUUUUAGAAGAUAAAAUGGUAAAUUUACACAUUCUUUAUUAAUAAGACUAAGUAAAAUCAUUUGCUACUAUUUGAUUACAGGCACACUGAUCCUUUGCAGGCUCAACUUGAGUGUAAUUGAGUUUUGAAUGUUUAAAUGUUUAUUUUUUACAAUUGCUUUAUUGAGAAUGUUGAGAUUUAAAUCCAUACAUCAAUGUGUAAAACUGCCCUGAGACUUAUGCUGGCUGAGAUGCUCCAUCUGCUUCAUAUAACAUUAUUCUCCUUGAAAACAUGACUUUUGUAGAAAACUUGAAAACAUUGAAAGUUUACCCAAAGAGACAGCUUGUGGUCUUUAUUCAUUAUCCUCUUUAAGACUUCAGAAAUCCGCUGCCAUUAUUUUAAUUAUUUUGUUCGAAGCAGAUGGAAAACUCAGAAAUCAUCGUAAUGCUGGAUAUUCAUCUGUAAGCUGUUGCUCUGUCACUUUUACCAGUUCAUUCAUUGUUUGGUUCAUUCAGUCCCAAAAACUGCCUGAAAUCUCAGUUUAAUAAGAAACAUCUGCUGUUUUUUUUUUAAAUAAAAAAACAGCAGACUUUAACACUUUGCUUUGUCACAGAAAAUUGCUGCCAAUAAAGUGGGAAACGAGCUAUUCUGGCAGUUUCCAGACACUUAAUGACAGAGCAGCAGGGCCUGAGUAUUACUUAACAUCUGGAUGCUAUCUUUACUGCCAAUAUGUCAAGUUGUUGCAAACAAUUAUACCCUAUUAUACUUAGUGUUUUUGGUGCCUUUGAGUCCAAAUUUCUGCUCCUCACUGCAUUCUGGGAGUGAGAAGUUUAUUUAAAUAAAGGGGCAUCUUCUAAUGAUCUUUUUUCCUUUCAUAAAAGUCCAUACAGGAUGAACGGAUUUAAUCCAAAGGACCUGAUUGUGUUUUCAGCUUUAAUUAGGCUUUCUGUUCAGACUGAAAUGGUCAGUGUUGGGUUUCCAGUCACUCACCAGUUUACGAUCAGCAAGAUCUAGAUGCCAAACUGAGCACUGUGUUCAGCCAAAACCGCAGAAAACAUGUACCCACCAUCACUUUGACUUAAAUAAAAACAAAUGAAACCAAAAUACAAUUGGUUUUGUUCUUUUGGA